AAAAAAAAAAUACUAAUGAAACGCAGCCAAAGACGAGCGUGCUCUUACUCUGAAGGGUGCGGACAGGAAGUGUUAUUGUUCCUGCUGGAAAAGGGGAAGCGGCUGGAGGUACCUUUGACACACAGCUCCUGUACGCAGACUUCAGACGACACGAAGUCAAAGAAGAGAGCAGAUAUCAACAGGGAGUUAAGACAGAGCUGUAAGAGUGAACGGAAGAAGAUGCACCAUGAAGUGGCAGACCUUCCUAGCGGCCCGCUCGAUAUCUACAGGAAAAAGACUUCUUUCAACUGGAAGGACAUGCUCCUGUUCAUAGACGGAGAGGAAGUGCUGGCAUUCAAGCAACAUGUGUUCAAGACACUGGAGAAUGAUCCUCUGUUCGCCCGUCGGCCCGGUGAAGACGUCCCUUUGGAGAAAAUGAGAGAGCUGACCUUCCUCAGGGCAAAGCAGCUUUUCCGCUACGACUUCAUCACAAAAGAAGAGGCCAUGGUCAACCCCUGGAAGACUGUGGUCCUUAGUGAUUGUCUGGGCAUGUAUGACUGGGCCCUUGGGGCCAAGUUCUUUCUCAACAGAGGGAUGUUUGGAGCGACUGUUGCUAACUCAGGAUCAGGAAGACACAACAAAUAUGUUGAAAACACUGAAAACAUGACGACGUUUGGAUGCUUUGCCCUGACUGAGGUGAGCCACGGCAGCAACACCAGAGCCAUGAGGACCACAGCAACACAUGACCCCUCCACCCAGGAGUUUAUCAUCAACUCUCCGGACUUUGAGGCCGCCAAGUUCUGGGUGGGGAACCUGGGUAAGACUGCGACCCACGCUGUGGUGUUCGCUCAGCUCUACACAUCUGACCAGGUGUGCCACGGCCUGCACUCCUUCGUUGUCCCGGUGAGAGAUUCCAAGACCUUGCUAGCUUUGCCUGGUGUGCUGGUUGGAGACAUGGGCAAGAAGCUGGGCCAGAACGGACUGGAUAACGGGUUUGCUUUGUUUCACAAUGUAAGGAUCCCUCAGGAGAAUCUACUGAAUAAGACUGGAGAUGUUACUCCUGAUGGCCGCUAUGUUACGCCAUUCAAGGACCCCAACAAGCGUUUUGGGACAUCUCUGGGUGCCCUGUCAGGUGGCAGGGUGUCCAUCACCAGGAUGGCUCUGGUCAACCUGAAGCUGGCUCUGACUGUAGCCAUCCGCUUCUCAGCCACCAGGAGACAGUUUGGACCCAAAGACGAAGAAGAGAUUCCUGUUUUGGAGUACCAGUUACAGCAAUGGCGUUUGAUCCCAUACCUGGCAGCAGCAUAUGCUCUUGAACACUUCUCUAAAUCCAUCUUCAUGAACUUUGUUGAGUUCCAGAUUGGUCUGAUAAUGAGGGACAAGAGUGAAAGACAAGCAGAGCUGGGCAGAGAGAUCCAUGCCAUAGGCUGCACUAGUAAACCACUGGGCUCAUGGAUCGCUCAGAGGGGGAUCCAGGAGUGCAGGGAGGCCUGCGGUGGACAUGGAUACCUGGCCAUGAACCGGCUGGGUGAUCUGCGUAAUGACAAUGAUCCAAACUGUACAUAUGAAGGAGACAACAAUGUCUUGCUGCAACAGACCAGCAACUACCUGCUCGGCUGGCUGAACGCUAAACACCAUGAUGGUGUGCGGAUUGAGUCUCCACUUCACACUGUGGAUUUUCUGGAUGACUCCCAAAAGAUCCUGGAAAGCAAGUUCACAGCAAGAACGAUGGAGCAGUGUAUGGACUCUGCAGUGCCACUGGCGGCCUAUAAGUGGCUGGUGUGUUUCCUGCUGGAGCAGAGCCAGAAGAGACUAGAACAGCAGAGGGCCUCAGGAAAGGAUGAGUUUGAGGCCCGUAACAACAGCCAGGUUUACUACUGCCGUUCCCUGGCCUUGGCUUACAUUGAACACAACUGCCUCCAGAGGUUUCAUGAGCUGACUACAGAUCAGGACACACCAGCUGGUCUCAGACCUGUCCUGAGCAAGCUGUGUGCGCUCUAUGGGCUGUGGAGCCUCAGCAACUACAUGGCUACACUGUACCAGGGUAAUUACUUGAGUGGAGAGAAGCCCCCAGAGUUGGUCCAGAUGGCCAUUCUCACUCUCUGCUCCCAGCUGAAGGAUGAUGCAGUAGCAUUAGUGGAUGUUUUUGCACCUCCUGAUUUCAUUCUAAACUCACCUAUUGGCAAUGCAGAUGGACAGCUUUACAAGAACCUGUGGUCAACGGUGAUGCAGGGCAACCAGGUGCUGGAACGGCCGUCCUGGUGGAAAGAGUUCUGCUCAGACAAGCCUGUGGUCGGAUCCCUCCGUCCUAAACUCUAGAACCCAGACACACUCGGCUACAAUCCUGGACAUGUGUCUGGACUGUCCAAAUUCUAGGUGUAAAAUGCAAAACUUCCAACUAUUCAAUAUAAAAUGUCCAUAUAUGCACUACUUUUUGCUUGAGGUGGGCGAUAUAUAUUGUUUGUGAUAAUAUCGUCAUUGUUGUUUUGAUGAUGUGCAAAUUUCCAUUAUCGAGUAUUUAAAUUACUUCGCCAAAAAUAUUGAAACGCACGCGGAAACUCCUCACAUCCACUUAAUACACGGUGCAGCAGCGCUCUCUACAGCAUGGCAGGAUUCAGUCACACCACUAGUGGGCCGACGUGAUCACAUGACGUGAUCACAUGACGUGAUCACAU